AACUGUAAUAUUUAGGAUGAGAUGAGUGGAGGGGUAUGGAUGAGAUUAAACUGUAUAUAUUAAGGAUGGAUGAGAUGAGUGGAGGGAGUAUGGAUGAGAUUAAACUGCUGGCUGGAAUAUUCCAGAACAUUCUCCAAAAUGGAAAGAACCUGCAGCCUCUGGUUUCUGAGUUUAUUACACAAACUGGAAAACUAGAAACACAACUAAGAGCGACCUCCAAGACCCUGUCAGCUGUUCUUGAAUCCUUUAAUGUUAUUGCUGCGAGGGCCAGCAAUUCUAACAGUUCUAGCCCUGAUAUUGGACACUGCCUGACCCAGGUCUAUAUACACAACAAGGCGAUGGAAUCUUAUCUAACAGCAAUCACUAAUGGUCUAUGUAACGGUGUAAAUGGUUUGCUCCGGAGUAGAAGUGAGGAGAUGAAGAGAAGCCUGGGUAACCUAGAGAAGCAGCACUCUAGAGAGUUCAAGAAGCUCCACCACAACAUCAAGAGGAAGAUGGAGCUAGUCAACAAGCUGCAGAAGAAGUUGAAGAAGGAGAACGCUGCCGGGAGUAACAAGGAGGAGGUGGAUAAACUCUCAGAAGUUCUUACACAGACAAGGAAAAGUUUAGCUGCAGAAUACAGGGUGUUAGAGGAACAGGUACAGGAUAGUUUAAUGGUUACAGGGUGUUAGAGGAACAGGUACAGGAUAGUUUAAUGGUUACACAGGGUGUUAGAGGAAUAGGUACAGGAUAGUUUAAUGGUUACAGGGUGUUAGAGGAACAGGUACAGGAUAGUUUAAUGGUUACAGGGUGUUAGAGGAACAGGUACAGCAUAGUUUA